AUGAGCUUUGUAAGUGAAAGGAUAAUUAGAGCAAGAGUGAACUUGGGAAAGAAUAGUUUUACUAUACUCAAAGUGUACGCACCUCAGCAAGGGAGCAGUGAAGAAGAAAAAACGAAAUUCCUUGAAGAACUGGAAGGCCAAGUACGAGAAAUUGUGAUAACUGGGGAUUUGAACGCUCAGAUCGGCACGGAUAGAAAUGGAUAUGAGGAGGUGAUGGUCCCUUUUGGAUACGGAAGACGAAAUGUUGAGGGUGAAGAAAUUCUAAAACUGUGCAUUAGGAAUCAUCUUUUAGUGAAGAAUACUUUCUUCAAGAAACAAGAUAGCCAUAAGAUUACUCGAUACGGCUGGGAUGGCGAAUCUAAGACAGUUAUAGACUAUAUAUUAACGGAAAAAUUAAUUGGAGGAAAAGUAAGGGACACUAAAGUCAUACCAAGUGAGCACUUGGAUAGCGACUACAGGUUACUAAUAGCUGAUCUAAAUGAUAAAGUGAAAAGUCUGAAUGCUGUACAAAGAAUGCCAAAGAUUAAGGAGUAG